GGAAAUGCCAGUUCACACGCCCAUAUGAAGUUCUGCAGCUGCUGUUAUCAACCAGAAGUGUUUUAUCAAGAGGCGGGAUUGGACACUUAGUGGUGCAAGUUUAUCUUAACUGGAUGCGGCGUCUAUGUGUUUAUAAAGUGUGUUAAAACAUGGCGUCCAAAGCUGUUUAUUCGCAGAGAGACCCUAUGCUGAAGAAAAGAGAUGACUUUGAGGACAUUUUGGAGGAGAGGAGGAACUCCAGCGACCUGAGAUACGCUCUCAGAUGUUACGCUCCCGUUGUUUACAAAGGACUCUGUCCCUCUAAGGCCGGCACGCUGAAGAGCAUGGUGCUUCAGUCUGAUCAGCUGCACUAUGUCAUCCAUCAGGUUUGCAGAGAGACGGGCCGAGCUGUCGAUGACGUCCAGGAGGAGGUGUCCUCCAUCUUGGAGGAGAUGGCUCACCGCCUGCAGCUCAGCACCGUUCGAUUCUUCGCCUUCACACUCAGCAAAGUCUUUAAAACCCUGUUCAGGAGCAUCUGUGUCAAUGAAGAGGGCAUCCAGAGGCUCCAACAGGCGAUUCAGGAGCACCCGGUGGUCCUGCUACCCAGUCACCGUAGUUACAUGGACUUCCUGCUGAUGUCAUACCUCCUGUACACCUACGACCUGGCUCUACCUGUCAUCGCUGCCGGCAUGGAUUUCAUGGGGAUGAAGUUUGUCGGGGAGAUGCUGCGGAUGUCCGGAGCUUUCUUCAUUCGGCGGUCGUUUGGUGGAGAUAAACUGUACUGGGCCGUCUUCUCAGAAUACGUCAAGACCAUGCUGAAGAAUGGAUUUGCACCAGUAGAAUUUUUUCUAGAGGGGACCAGAAGCCGAACGAGCAAGUCUUUGACUCCGAAGUUGGGUCUGCUGAAUAUAGUGAUGGAUCCAUUCUUUAAAGGGGAGGUGUUUGACGUGAGCUUGGUCCCGGUCAGUAUCAGUUACGAGAGGAUCCUGGAGGAGUCGCUGUACGCCAGAGAACUGCUGGGUGUACCCAAACCCAAAGAGUCCACUUCAGGUCUGAUUAAAGCCAGGAAGGUCCUCAGUGAAGACUACGGCAGUAUCCAUGUCUACUUUGGUCAACCUGUGUCCGUCAGGAGUUUAGCUGAGGGCAGAGUUAACCGCUGCCAGUUCAACCUGAUCCCGAGACACAUCCCCAAGAAACCCAGUGAGGAUAUCCACAGCUUUGUGAACGACUCGGCCUACAGGCUGGUUCGGGCCCAGGAGGAGAACAUGGUCCUGAAGCCCUGGGUCCUUCUGGCCUCCCUGCUGCUCCAGAACCAGGUGUCGGGGCAGAAGCGGGGGAUAGCGCUGGACGAGCUGACGGAACAAGCUGUAUGGCUCAGGGAUCUUUCCCGACAGUAUGGAGCCUUCCUCCACUGGCCUGAGCACACUCCUCCAUCGGAAGUCGUCUCUUCCAGUCUUUCCCUGCACCGAGGUCUGGUGAGGAUCUCUGAGGGAAGAGUCCAGCUGGCUUUGGGACAAACAGGAGGACCAGCUGCACCAGGGGAGCCUCGCAGCGCUGUCACCCCAGAGGAGGAGCUCCUGAGCCAGGCAGUCAUCAUACUCUCCUGUGCCUCGUACAGGAACCAGGCCCUGCACGUCUUCCUCCGACCGGCGCUGCUGGCCUCGGCCAUCCACACUGCCUCCUCCAACAAGAAACAGGAGGUCUUCAACAGCUUCAGCUUCCUCAGAAACAUGUUCUCCAAUGAGUUCAUCCUCUGUCCUGGAGCUACAGUUCAGGACUUCGAGGAGGCCUGUUACCUCCUGGUGAAGACUGGAGCUCUGCAGGUCACCCAGCAGGAUGUCCUGGUGACGGAGAGAGGACACAGAACGCUGGUCUUCCUCACCUCCAUGUUAGAUCCCUUCUUACAAGGAUACCAGGUGGUGUGCAGGUUCCUGUGUGAAGAGGCCACCGAGGCGCUGACAGAAAAACAGUUUAUUCCCGCUGUCAGGAAGUUUAUCAUCAAACAUCUUCUAGCAGGUAGACUAAGAUACACUGAAGUGUUGUCGUCUGACCUCCAGAAGAACAGUCUGGCAGCUCUGCUAAGACUUGGAGCUGUACGGAAAAUCAAGGGGGCGGAGCAGGGAACGUUAAAGGUCAACACAGUGAUGGUGAACUCACUGGAAGACACUCUAGGAGGAAAACUUCCAACUCAGAAAGCUGUGAUCGCUCGCCUCUAAUUCACCGACCUCAUUAGCCGAAGGAGAAGGGUUGACUCUUUUUACCUGCGAUGACGUCUCAGCUCGUGGUUCGGUACGAGGCGGACCGGCUCGUCACAAAGGCAGGCCAACCUAACUGCUUUCUAUGAGAGGUGGAACAAAAGCCAUCUGGAGACAGCUCAGUCCCUUUCAUCUCCCUUUCUCCUCUCCUCACCUCUCUUUUCAAAAUGCCUUUUUUCUCCCCGAGACUCUUCUAUUAAAUAUCUUUUAUACACAUACAUAAAACCAGAUGAUGAGUAGAGCCUUUGAGGGUUGUAUUACUUUUGGCUCAUUCUGAAUAACUAACCUUUGGCAGCCUUGUGAAAGCUUCUGAAUGUGCCAACUCUGCUCAGGAUAGCGGCUGUUUUCCAUUAAUGCAUUUGAUAUGUAUCCUCUAACAGUCAGUGUGGCUUUUCUUUGUGUUAUUCUCAAUCUGCUCUAAGCUUCAGUUUGUCUCUCUUUAUGUCGAGCACUUUAAUGACUUUAUUCAUGCGAUGUGGUGUGGACCUCUAUCUUUACCGUCUUUGUUUUCCUCAUUUUUUCUGUUUUUUUUGUGAAACCAAAGUUGCAAAAAAUGGAUGGAUAAGAAAAUUUGACUCUGGUAAAAAUGAUUAUUCUAUAGAUUUUUGCACUGUAAUAUCUAAAAAGUUUAUAUAUUUGAGUUAAACUUGCCACAAACUGAAGGCCUGCUUCAAAAAUAGCUUGUACCAGAUCACAUUGUUGGUUCAAGUUCACCACCGGGCCCACAGGCCUUUUGCCAAACACUCCGAGCUUCACGGACAAGCAGUACGUUCGUCUUUGUUUACACAGAGGAGAUAAUGCUACAAGUCUAAUGGCAGUGAUGUAUAGUUGCCAAACUCCAGAUGAAAUUAGUUUUACUGAAGCACCAGCUACACCAAAGGAGUAAGGUUUUGUUCACUGUUAAGAAUUUAAUAGUUACUGAGGUUGCUUCAUAGUUACUGAGUUUUUUUGUGUGUGAUAAAAUCAGGCCAAAUUUAAAAGUUGUUUAAUAUUCAGCCUUUAUUUAUAUUCAAAGAAGCGAUACACAUGUCAUAUUAUUUGUUAUAAGGGAGGAAAGAUGAACAGUAACUUUAAACACGGCAGGACUUUAUGUACGAGGAGUCUGAGAGGCCGACGGGUUAUUUUGUUUUUAAGACUCAGGAAAUCAAAAAGAUUUUAUCAAAAGUUUCCCAAUUAAAACUAGAGUAAUUUAAAGAUCCUUACAGCAUAUUGCAGCUCUUUAUUUGGUCACUAACUAGCAGUGCAGUGCUGUUACCUUGAAGUCUCAUCUCAGCGUCAGCAGCUGAUUGAAGUUUUACUGAGAGAAGCAGAGCUGCUCAGGAGGCAGAACAAGUCUAAUUGGUUGAGUUAAACCUCUCGGUCAAAUUAAACAGCUUCACCUACACUGUGACAAGAACAUACCGUAGGUCCAGCUUUAGAUCCUGAACCAUAUUCAGAGUAGGUCGGGAUGUUGUUUGGAAAUUUUAGACAUCAGUGCCAAUUUCUUUUGGGAAUAUAAACCUCUACAAAAAAAAAAAAACACUAUCUCUGUUUAAUGAAACAAGCCAAAUUUCCCAGUCAACAACUUGAAAUCUAGAAAAAUGUAAAGAAAAACAAAGCAUUUUAAUCAGGAAAGGUCUAAUUGAGUGCCAGCUUUCUGACCUUUACACUGAGUGCUGUGUUUGGUUCUUAAAGUACUGAGUUUUGACCUCGAACAUGACCCCAAAGGCAGAGUUUACCUGUCACAUCCAAGUGUUAAACUAAUCUGAGCUUUCUGAAGGACUGUAUUUCAGUACUUUCUGAGGGUGUAAUGAUUCACCAAAUCUACGGUUUGGUUCUGUCUUCUGGUAUCAUGAUAUUUAGCUUCUAUCCUCUAUUUUGAGAACAAGUAAAAACUUUCACUCCAAAAUCCUAAAUUAACACUUUUUUAAAAAUGCUACCUCCGUCUUCUUCGAUCGCCAGAUUUGCUAAAUACUGAACUCGUUCAUUUUGAAACUUGAAACUUGUUCUUAGGCUUCACUCAGUCAACAACAAAGCAGCUCUGCGUUUAAAAGAAAUGUUUGUACAGCUAUAAUCUGAUUGUCAACACGUCAUCCAAAGUGCAAGUCUACAGUGUUGACUGUAUCUGUGGUUAUUUUUUUGUUCAACAGCUUUUAUAUAAUGUUAAGUAUCUGACUCCUUUGUCUUCUGUGUGUGUGAGCAUUACUGCAUAUAUCAGCGUGUACGUGUUGGGUGAGGCCUUUUAGUACUGAUGUACAGGCUGUUGAAAUCAGGAGCAUGUUAAUAAAGUGUUUUGAAGUACAAA